AUGGGCUCUAACAGCAUCGUUUCAAAUCGCUGGAUGUCGGAGAAGAUGGACUGCUUCGAUCUCUCGCACCAUUCCAAUUCAGAUGAUGAAGAUGAGGAAGUUCAUGUACUAGCUGUAGAUGACAGUGUUGUUGACCGCAAAGUCAUCGAGCGUUUGCUCAAAAUUUCUUCAUGUAAAGUGACAGCAGUGGACAGUGGAUGGAGAGCUCUAAAAUUGCUUGGAUUAUUAGACGAAGAAGACGAGAGCAGCCCCUCCUCCUCUGUUGGUUUUGAUGUGAGUGAAGGGUUGAAGGUGGAUCUAAUCAUCACUGAUUACUGUAUGCCUGGAAUGACAGGAUAUGAGUUGCUCAAGAAAAUCAAGGAAUCAUCUACUUUCAGAGAAGUGCCAGUUGUGAUUAUGUCAUCAGAGAACGUGAUAGCUCGAAUCGAUCGAUGUUUGGAGGAAGGAGCUGAGGAUUUCAUAGUGAAGCCAGUGAAAUUAUCAGACGUUAAACGUAUAAGAGAUUACAUGGGAAGCAGAGACGUCAGAUCAAUUCCAAACCAGGAGAGAAGCAACUGCAAUAUCAACAAGAGAAAGUUGCAAGAAAGUUUUGAUCUAUCUUUAUCGUCAUCGCCUCCCUCUAUUUCAUCAUCAUCCUCCUCUUUAUCUUCUCCGUCUCCAUCUCCGACUCCGACUCCAUCUCCACCAUCAUUGUUCUCAGCAUCAGCGCCGUACAAUGGUAAUGCGUCAUACUGUCCGAUUGGGAGAAUAUUUGAAAUGGGAUUCUGUACGUAUGAAUUGUUGGAGAUGUUUCCUGGAGGAGGGCCAAGUGGUGUGGCCUAUGGACUGUCACUGAAGUUAUUGUCUGAUGGUCUCUUAAUAGUUAAGAGUGAUGGUGGAGUUGCAAAUGCUCUGCUGUCAAGGGGCCAAAUGCUUCCCCUAGAAAGAUCGUUGGACCCCUACGUGAGAGGGUCAGGCUAUGUUUGUUGCUUAAAAAAUGUGGUCACUCUCUCCACCCAAGCUCUCAGUGAGGUGUUAUUGUCAUCCUUAGUUUUCCAAACAUAG